GCCUGAGUGGCAGGGGAACCGGAAGUGGAGGCUCUGGUGCUGGGGCCAGAGGAGGGACGCGCCGGAGAGCGGGGCCGCCGGGACCGAGCGAGCGACAGAAGCGCCACCCGCCGACGCCGCAGCCGCUUGGGGCCCGCACGGACCCUCUGCUUGAGUAUAGAAUGAGCCAAGGAGACUCAAAUCCAGCAGCUAUCCCACAUGCAGCGGAAGAUAUUCAAGGAGAUGACAGAUGGAUGUCUCAGCACAACAGAUUUGUCCUGGACUGUAAAGACAAAGAGCCUGAUGUACUAUUUGUGGGAGACUCCAUGGUGCAGUUAAUGCAGCAAUAUGAGAUAUGGCGAGAGCUUUUUUCCCCACUUCAUGCACUAAAUUUUGGUAUUGGGGGAGAUACGACAAGACAUGUUUUAUGGAGACUAAAGAACGGAGAACUGGAGAACAUUAAACCUAAGGUCAUCGUUGUCUGGGUAGGAACAAACAACCAUGAAAAUACAGCAGAAGAAGUAGCAGGUGGGAUUGAGGCCAUUGUACAGCUUAUCAACACAAGGCAGCCACAAGCCAAAAUCAUUGUAUUGGGUUUGUUACCUCGAGGUGAGAAGCCCAAUCCUUUGAGGCAAAAGAAUGCCAAGGUGAACCAACUUCUCAAGGUUUCCCUGCCGAAGCUUACCAAUGUGCAGCUCCUGGAUAUAGAUGGGGGCUUCGUGCACUCGGACGGUGCCAUCUCCUGCCAUGACAUGUUUGAUUUUCUGCAUCUCACAGGAGGAGGCUAUGCAAAGAUCUGCAAACCCCUCCAUGAACUGAUCAUGCAGUUGUUGGAGGAAACACCUGAGGAAAAGCAAACCACCAUUGCCUGACUGGCUCCCAUCAGUGUUAAUAGCAUCCCAGCUUCCUCAGAUCAGUUAUGUCACUGGCACUACAGAAUCCUUCUCUUUCUUAAGGCACUUUGCAUUGUAGAAUGUUUCUGGAUGUUCAUAUCUAGUGUUGAAGGGGAGGAGGGAUUUAAACUGGUCCUGUACAUAAAAGGUUUGUUUGACACAGGAGAAAAAUUAGCCAAGGAAGAUUGUUGUUUAAAUUCAUUUGAAACUAGAAGCGGACUUUUUAGUUGUAUGUGUGACAUAUUUUUUGAAUUAUCACUGUUUCCUAGGACAGCAGCAAGCAUAAGUACUGAACAAUAUGAAGAUCCUUUUCUUGGCCUUCCUCUGUAUGGAUUAUGUCAUAUAUAAUAAUUAUCAGAAUCACACUUACUUGGCUUUAAAACAGAUGUUUUCUUCUAAUUUUUAAGGUUCAUAAUUUAGUCUUUUGCUUUUCUUUUGCUUUCAUAUGUAUCCUCAAUAUUUUCGUAAUAUUUGGCAUCAGAGUGAACAUGCUUUGUCAUUCAAAUAUGGGAGACACUAUAGUUGUAUGUGAAUUUGUUCUACUUUCUUAAUCUUUCCUAUGCUAAGCAGUGAAAAGACAGGUUUUGCCCCAUUCAGGGGACUCUUGGGAGGGUAUUAUUUUUAUGCUGCUGAAUAUCAUGUCUGUAAUAGACCCAUGCAUGCAACCUUUCCUCCGUUUUCGUCUUCAUCCUCCCUUAUGCCACCUCACCCCACCUUUUUUCUUUUUCUUGGUCCUUGUUGACAAUUACAAGCUUUUAACACAUUUUUGACCUAGGAGCUCUGUUGCUGGAAGUAUACGUCCCAGCCAGUUACUCUCAUAAUAUUACCAAUGUAGAACUCAUUCUUGUGUGAUGGUCUGUGUUUUAGAAUCUGUGUAGUGCUAUCCAUAGUCAGAGUUCGGGUUUGUUUUCUUUUUCACUUAAAAACCUGUUACAGUUUCCCUUUUUUUUUUUUUUUUUUUUUGUAGAGACAAGAGUCUCACUGUACCGCCCUCAGGUAGAGUGCCUUGGCGUCACAUGGCUCACAGCAACCUCUAACUCUUGGGCUUACGCGAUUCUCUUGCCUCAGCCUCCCGAGUAGCUGGGACUACAGGCGCCCGCCACAACGCCCGGCUAUUUUUUUUUUUGUUGUUGUUGCAGUUUGGCCGGGGCUGGGUUUGAACCCGCCACCCUCGGCAUAUGGGGCCGGCGCCCUACUCACUGAGCCACAGGCGCCGCCCAGUUUCCCUUUUUUAGAAAAAAAAAAAAAUCAGAACUCUGUUUCCCAUUCUAUGAUGUCUGGCAUUAUUUCAAGUUUUAUAAUAUCUUAAGAUAUAUAUUUUAUUUCUCUUUAUUGGCUUAGUUAAAUUUUAUCAAUCCCCAGAAAAUUUGGCCUUUUCCCAUGGGUAAGCAAGUGAAGCUGCUCUUUAGAACAUUCUACUUCUAUUUCAUCAUUUUAGUGAAAAAGAGCUAGGUUUAACUUUUAAGGUUUCUCAUUAAUGUAUCUUCUUAGACUUUCUUUCAAGAGAACUCUUUAUAAAAAUCUUAAUGUUUGCUUGAGCAACACAAACUGCCAUUUAGAAAAAUAAUGAGAUAAUAGAUGGUUUAUUGUUCAGUAUACCUAUGGAAUGUGUGCAAACUGGGUCUACAAAUAGAUAUUUUGAACUGGACCAGAUGGGUAUUGAAGUAACCCAUCAAAAUGUGCUCUGCAGUGAACUUAAUGUUCAAGUUCAAUAAGUGAGGUAAUAUGUUUUAUGUGCUGUUUGCAAAGCAGAUGGCAGUGUUUUUGUAUGUUGGAGGAGGGGGUUGCUGAUUUGUACUAAGACCUACUUCUGAUUAAGAAGGGUAGAACUUGGGCUGGUUGUUUUUUGUUUGUUUGUUUUUCUGGUCAACUUCUUUCUAGAAAUGUUUUUGUUUUUUGUCUUUUUUAAAAAAUACUUUUUUUUGAAUGUAUCAUGUCUUCAUUAACAGAAAAUACAGGUGGUGUUUACUAAAUGUGUUUACUAUAUUAUAAUUUCCUUUUUAUUUUUAGUAGCCCAGCUUCCCGAGUUUUUCAAGGCAGAUUUAUUCUCAACUGAGAUGUAGUUGUUAAUAGGAAUGAGAAUUAAGCCAGAAUUUUGUGUGUGAAAAGACAGUUUCCUAUCCAGGUCUUUUUCUUUUUCUCAAAGGAUGGGAGUAUGGCCCAAAUGAACCCGUUAGGUUACUCCUGCAGCAUGCGCUUUUAACUUCUCUCUUGACUGAGGAUCAAAUAAUCCCUUUGUGAGCUGGCUUUCAGCUCCUUGGCUUAUGUGUACAUGUAGAAACCUCGGAUAUAAAACCUACAUUUUAUAUCUACCAGAGCUAUUCAAGCAAUAGUAUUUGAACCACUAGCCUUUUAAAUAAAAUUCUGCCCCAUUACUAAUGAGCAGAUACUGAGUUCACUUUCAUUUCUUACCAUAUUUCUUUGUACUGCUUUAAGCAAAAAGUGUUAAUAUAUUUUUUGAUUGACAUCCACUUUGCUUCAGUGACAACUUACUGAUUAGUCUUUGUACUUUUUAAAAAAAAAUCUGUAAAUUUAAUACAUUGUCCAAGUUAAAUGUCCUAGUUGUCAUUGUGAUUAAGGGGCCAACUAUCCAGGCAGCUAGCAGAGACAUUAUUCUGUUCCUCUCCCAGCAAAUUUUAAUUCCUUUGCCCACACAUUCCUGCUACACUAGAUGGUAGUCAGUGAUGAAACUAUAAAGAUGUCUGCGGACAUAUCUUAAAUGUGGCAGGCUGAAGAUACACUGCCAAGGUUGAUUUAGUGCACAUUGUUUUUCUUUCCUUUUAUUGUAGAUUGCCAUAGGCAGUGUUCUGGCUACCACCUUGGGUCUUUUUGGACUAUUGAAGGCAUCUGCCUAAGCCUGAAAUCUUUUGUCAUAAACCUUAACCUGAAACAAGAAGUCUUGAGUAGCUCAUGCCCUGCUCUUAAGAAUUGUCUCGUUUAAAAAAAAAGAAUAAUAGUUCUGUCUUUUUUUAUUUUUUUAACCUAGUCACUGUUUACAGUUGUAUGCUAAAGCCUGAAAUAUUGUCUGUGCUGCGGUGUCUGAGCAUUGCCAUUUUAUAUUUAUUGCAGCGAAGAAGAAACUAAAAAUAUAUGAAAAUGAGGAGCAUGUCCAAGCUCCUAAAUUCUGUGUGGGUGCAUGUGGGAGAAGUGAGUUGGGGUCUCUUGAAAGGAGGCAUUUUGGAGAGGGGUCCCCCAGGCUUCUUCUUGGUAUUCCUGCUUGGGGAUCACUGCUGCUAGCUGACUGGACCUCCCCAACGAAAGUUUGUGAUUCUGCUUUGGCAAAGUUUCAUUGACAGUAGAACUCAUUCUGUUUUAGUGUAUAUUUCGAUAUAAAUGUAAACAUCUCGCUCAAA